UUUGUGAGCGUUCAGUCACACGAGAUGUAUCCUUCGGGAUGAUGUCGAGACGAUUGGAUUUACUUCCAGGCGAAACAUCGCUGCAAACUUCCAUGGAUCAGCCAGGGACUUUUUGUUGGAUACUGUGAGUUACUAUCACCACGUGUACGCCCAACGUCACCGUGCAGAUUUACAAGCAGAACCACGAAGUGUUUGCAGCAGGUACCCCGAUCAUUGCUACUUCGAAUGGAAUCACACAUCGGCUCAAUGCCUGCAGAUGGCACAUACGAGAUGACGGCGAUAACCUUCCUCGACCUCCCUGCCGAGAUUCGCAACGAGAUUUAUAGAUUGGCACUAGAGCUGCCGAUGAGUAUGCCGGUCCUAGUGCUUGGCUUGUGUGGCUUACAGUCUUGUCCAACGAUUACCAAUCUGCUACUCACAAACAAAGCGGUAUAUAGCGAAGCCAGCUCGCUUUUGUAUGCAGAAACCAUCUUCGACUUCUCUAAGUGCGCGGUACAUACAGCGAUAUCUUUCAUUGAUAAAUGUGGCCCUCGGAACGCCAGCUACAUGCGCCACCUCCUGAUCAAAUCUCCGUUGCUCAGCGAGCCCUUCCAUGGUGAUGACGCCUUUCCUGAGGAUAUACAAGAGCUCUUGUCGAAGAUCGGCCAUUGCUGUCUCGGACUGCAUACUAUAACAAUGGAAUUGUAUAGCGCAAAUACCAUGGAGCAACUUAUUGAUAGUGCUGAGAGCCCGAUGAUCAUUUCGAAGGCCAUCGAGUUAGUCGAUUACCGUCUCAGGGCCAUACCGUCUUUGGAGACUAUAAAGAUUCGACUAUACGAAGUUGGACCGACAGUGGUUCGAAGUCAUAUGCAGUCCCGCGGGUGGCUUAUCGAGACUCAUGAUGAUGAUGAUGAUGCAUGGUACUUUGGAAAUGAUCAUGACAUAAAUGACUACGAUUAUGAUGAUUAUAGCCCUAGCAAUAUUUCCAGUAGCGCUGGUGAAUAUGAUAUCGAUAACGACAGUGACUAUUGGAGAAGGGCUGGAGACUGACAAAGUGAAAAAGGCACACGAACAGGACGAGGCUAAUUGGUUACCAUGGAUUGCUUCCAAGUCUCUCUUUGACUUCUCCUUACCAAAGCUUAUGCAAGAGAUGCUGGAGCAUGUUUCCUUUGGAUACGCCUUGUGACUACAUCAGUUCAUUGACUGGAGAUAGUUCUGUGCUAGAGGACAGUGGUUUCUGACUGUUGGGCUUGGCAAAUGAUUACGGCAUACUGUACCUUCAUCGUUAGGACAUAUCCAGUUUCCUCUAUUCGAGCUAUUCUCCCGUCUCAGCUCUAGGCAGCAAGCAGAUAUCUUCUUCCUGUGGACAGAUAGCUACCUCCAUCCACAUUCAAGUCAAAUCUCUCG